AGUAGUCAUGCCCUGCAGAAGAUAAUCUUCAGCUCUGCAUCCGUCCUGACGUUCUGAAAGAGGAACGCAGCACUGUGCGUGACCCGUGCAAACCACACGCACUUCUCAAAAGCAAGACGACAACUUCAAGAUCCUACAGAUACAGAGCUCAUGGGUUCCUUCAGGAGAUCAUCUGUUCUUUGCAGUGUCAUUCAAGGUCUGGCAGUUUGGAGUGUGGCUGCGGCUGGACCGCGGUGGUCAGUGACGAUUCCUAACCAGAUGUCCGCUCCGGUCGGGUCUUGCAUCGUCGUUCCUUGCUCCUUCACUCCCCCGACCGCUAACAAGACCAUUAAAGUCACUUGGUACCAGUACGCCUGGGUUGGCUACCCGCUGGUAUACAGCGAAUCCAAACCGGGGGACGUCAUAGAUAAGUUUCGUGACAGCACGGAGUUAAUUGGCAGCGCGGGAGAGGGGAACUGCAGUCUCAAAAUCAACCGGACACGAGAAGCACAUACCGCUGAGAAGAUCUAUGUGUGGAUUACGCCAAAUCAGUUGGACGGCAACUUCUAUGAUGAGAGGGUGACAUUAGAGGUUACAGAGAACGCCCCUCAGCCGGAGAUAAGGGUGAUGGGCGACAAUCUAACAGAGGGGGAUGAGGUUAGCCUGUCCUGUGAUGUCAUCCACACCUGCCCCCCUUCCCCCCCUUCCGUCUCCUUCCGCAACCACAGGGGGGCGCUCCGUUGGAGCCACAAUAAGGAAGAGGCGGGGCGUUGGCGCGUCUCCGUGGAGAUGUCCUGGAAAGUGAACUCGGCGGACCAUGGGAGGGGCGUGGUGUGUGAUGUCACACAUCCUGGGGGACGGACAGCCAGCAGAGAGAUUGUGCUCCGUGUCACCUAUGCCCCUCUUAUUCUUCGGAACUCCAGUUGCACCCUGGGUAAUGGGCAGUGGAGAUGUGAGUGCAUUGUGGACUCCAACCCCCCAGCGAAGGUCACCUGGUCCUCCGUGGGCUCCUCCACUAAUGAGAGCGGCAACACGUUGUCCACGCUCAGUGGGCGGGUCCUAAGGUCUGUCCUCACUGGACCAAUGGGAGACGGGGGCCACCGUUUCUACUGCAAUGCCACCAAUGAGCACGGAGACGCCUUCUACCUGCUACCUAUCACAGUGGAGCACUUUGGAAAGUGGGGAAUUGUCCUUGGAGCAAUCGGUGGAGCUGUGCUCAUAUGUCUUCUAUUGGGAGCAUUUUUAUAUUGUAAACGCACUAAAAGGCGCCCCAAACACGCAGACCUUUCCCUAAAGGAAGUGAAAUGUGCUGGAGAGGAGGAAGUGAAGAUUGACAGUUUGUACUCAAAUAUGAGAGCAUGCCCUCCUGCCCAUGCACUCCCAGAGAGCAUCUACGAGGUGGAGGACACACCCAGGUAUCAGGAAAUGAAGAGACAACCUUCAUAUGAUGACGAUGUGUACCAAAAUUACUGAGAUCUGCAGGACAAUCACAGCUGUCGGUCAUCUGCUUCCAGAUCAAAAGCGCUUCAGUGUACUCAGCAUUCAUAUUUUACGGUAUUCUCUGAAGUAAUCAGUGGACAUUCAUUUCAUGCGUUUAUAACCUUAGUUCCAAUGGGUGCCAUUUUGGACACCAGAUGGCGCCAAAGGUACAUAAUUUAAAAAAUAAUAAUAAUUUAAAAAAACAGCCAGCACACCCGUUGCCCAUUAUCAUAUAUAAAUAAUUAGUAUGAAGUGUGUGUAGUAGACAAGUAUACAUCUACCAGGAGUUUUCACCUGAUGGGUAAGGAGCUGGUCUUGUAACCUAGAGGUCGCAGGUUCGAUUCCCAGGUGGGACGUUGUUGUACCCUUGAGCAAAGUACUUAACCUGCGUUGCUUCAGUAUAUAUCCAGCUGUAUAAAUGGAUGCAGUGUAAAUGCAAUAUAAGUUGUGUAAGUCGCUCUGGAUAAGAGCAUCUGCUAAAUGCCUUUAAUGUAAUGUACUUAACCUGUAUUGCUUCAGAAUAUAUCCAGCUGUAUAAAUGGAAACAAUGUAAAA